CCCCCAGAGAGAGGCGACCCACAGAUCCAGAAGCAGCAAAAAAAAGAGAAAAAAAUCAGAGAAAAAAAAAUGAGGAGCCCGAGGAGCCGUGCGCUAGAGCGCGACGCCGGCGGCGUCGCCGUCGAGCACGUCGAGCUCAUCCCGGGGAUGCCCGACGACGUCGCCGUCGACUGCCUGGCGCGCGUCCCGCACGGGGCUCACCGGGCGAUGCGGCGCGUGUGCCGCGGGUGGAGGAGCGCGGCGGCGACGCCCGCGUUCGCCAUGGCGCGCGCCGAGGCGGGCGCCAACGAGGAUUUGGUUUACCUGCUCCAGUUCGCGAACCCCGCGGCGGCCGCGGCGGCCGCGGAGGAGGCGAAGGAGGACGGCGACGCGCCGGCGAACUCCCCGGCGUACGGGGUGGCGGUGUACAACGUGACGACGGGGGAGUGGAGGCGGGAGAAGGCGGCGCCGCCGGUGCCCAUGUUCGCGCAGUGCGCCGCGGUGGGGACGCGCCUGGCGGUGCUCGGCGGGUGGGACCCCGAGACGUUCGAGCCCGUGGCGGACGUCCACGUGCUCGACGCCUCCACCGGCGUGUGGCGGAGCGCGCCGCCGAUGCGGUCGGCGAGGUCCUUCUUCGCGUGCGCGGAGGCCGGCGGGAGGAUCUACGUGGCGGGCGGGCACGACAAGCACAAGAACGCGCUCAAGACGGCGGAGGCGUACGACGCCGUGGCGGACGCGUGGGACCCGCUCCCGGACAUGUCGGAGGAGCGGGACGAGUGCGACGGGAUGGCGACCGUCGCCGGCGACAGGUUCCUCGCCGUGAGCGGGUACCGCACGGCGAGGCAGGGCGGGUUCGAGCGCGACGCCGAGUGGUUCGACCCGGCGGCGCGCGCGUGGCGCCGCCUCGACCGCGUCCGCGCCCCUCCCUCCGCCGCCCACGUCGUGGUCCGCGGCCGCGUCUGGUGCAUCGAGGGCGCCGCCGUGAUGGAGUGGCUCGGCUCGCGCGGCGGGUGGCGCGAGGUCGGCCCCUCCCCCCCGGGCCUCAAGGCCGGCACCGCCCGCGCCGUCUGCGUCGGCGGCGGCGAGCGCGUCGUCGUCACCGGCGCCAUCGAGGACUCCGACGGCGGGUCCGGCCGCCACGCCCUCUGGGUGUUCGACGUAAAGACCAAGAACUGGACCGUGGUUCGCCCACCUCCAGAGUUCGCCGGAUUCGCCUUCUCCGUCGCCGCCGUCCGCAUCUGAUCCGAUCCGAUCCGCCAUUGACGACGAACCCCGCCAAGAUCCAAGAUCUCGAUCUGGAUCCAGCUGCUCCGCCUCAAGGAGAUCUCUACUACACACAACCAAAUACUACUCUACUCUACUAGAACAGUAGUAUGUGCACAAGAAAAGAAUCACAAGGAGAAGAGAAGGAGAGGAAGCUAGUGGUGAGUUUGUGAAGCUCCUCUCCUCUCUCUAUCUCUCCCCAAUCUGUUGUUGUUGUGAGGAUGAUGAUGAUGAUGAGUGUGGUGUUUUUGUCCAAGAAAACCAUGGAGGAAUCAAGGGGAUGAUCUUGGAUCUCCUCCUCAUCCUCCAUCGUUCAACCAUGGUUAUGGUUAUGAGUAGCAAUAAUCCAAUCCAUUGUACAUAUUAUGACCAGCCGUUUGAGGUGCAGAUUGCAGAGUCCAUCUUUUGUCUCAAAAUGAAA